AUGGCAUUCUGUCGAGCGCAUUUUAUUCGCUUAGUUCACUUGCAGGCAUCCAAAGAACGUCUUCUUGACAAACUGCUGAGUGUUCGAGAUACUCAAGUGGACGACAGAGAUGAGAAAGAAUCAAGUGCUGCAAACAGUGCUGAAAAAUUAAAAGGUCAUUCAACAAAACGCGCAUCAGCUGAGCAGACUCCAUCAGAACCGAAAGCGGAUGGCAACGCAGAAGAACUGAAAGUGAACGAAACGAAUCUGCAAAUUUGUCAAACACAAGAUUCCGCAAAGCGAUUUAAAGAAAAUAAACUGAUCACUCCAAAGGAUUGGUCAAAUAAAAAAAUCGCAGAAUGUGCAACACAACAUACGAAAGAGGACGAUGCAAAUCGAGUGGACGAUAUUGAGAAUAAUGGUAAAGAGGAAACUGCAAAGAAUGGCAAAAAAGCCAUGGUUUACAAGGAAGCCAGUCCAAUUCUACACACGGCCCUCUUGAAGUUCAAGAAACUUGCGGAUAAAAGUAGUAGAAUGAUGGCAAGGGACAAAAAAGAGGAAGGGAGCACUGAUCCAACCCCUGGUACCCCUAGUCAUGAAGGAUCAAGUGGGGCAAUACCUAGUUCCGAGCUGAGCGCAAAAGGCUAG